UGUUGUAGUUUUUUACUGGGUCGAAGGGGAAAGUGCACAGUUGACUGUCAUGGCUGCCUCCAUCGCAAACAUGCCUCUGAUUCGCAAACAAUUGAUCCGUUUCUGUUUCUCAAAUUAGUACGGAGACUAUAACCUAGAAUAGUUAAGACAUUAACAUAACUCUUAACUAACUCAGAUUAACGAACAUAAUAUCAUCUUUAAAUAGCUUUCUAUUAUCUUUAACCUAGCUGUCUUUUCCUAAUGUUUUCAAAGCAAAAAUGUUUGCGAUUACUGAGACGUUACACCAUAAUUCUUUGGAACCUUGCCUAACUAAUGGCCAAGUUAAGUUCUCCACUCUUUUUAGUAUUUAGAUUUAGUGCUGGCUGGUGAUAUAGCUGAUAACAAUUUAAUAUUCUGAGAAAAUGUCACUGGUCUGCGUUCGCCAUUGGUCACGACAAUGGUGUCGAAUUAGGAGUCGUGGAUAUGCAGCAACCAGCAGUGCCCCCACAACACGCGAGGAAAAGAAUGAGGGCCCGAUGUUUCAGUACUUUGGAAAGCACCAGAAGGCAAACCACAAAGUCUAUGUGUGGGGUUUCAGCUACACCGGUGCUCUUGGUAUCCCCAGCUUUGUGGUUCCUGACACUGGCAGGAAAAAGCCUCGAAAAUAUCAGCUCACACCUUAUCGUCUUGAGACAGAGCAUCAGAUAACCUCUGCAGCCUGUGGGUAUGGGUUCACGGUACUAUCCUCCAACACCAAGGACCUUGCCAAAGUGUGGGGAAUGGGCCUCAACAAAGACUCUCAGCUGGGCUUCCAACGCACCCAACAUGAUCGCCAUAAAAGCUAUGACUAUGUGCUGGAGCCCUCCCCAGUGGCGCUGCCUCUUGACAAGCCUCAGAAGACCAGGGUGGUUCAGGUGGCCUGCGGACGUGCCCACUCACUGAUCCUGACAGACUCAGAGGGAGUGUUCACUCUGGGGAACAAUGCCUAUGGACAAUGUGGGAGGAAGAUAGUGGAAGAUGAAAUCUACAGUUGCAGUCACGUCAUUCAUAAGAUGUUGGGGUUUGACAGCACUGUAACCCAGGUUGCUUGUGGGCAGGACCACAGUCUUUUCCUUACUGAGACAGGCAAGGUGUAUGCCUGUGGUUGGGGGGCAGAUGGACAGACUGGUCUGGGCCACUUAGACAUGUCUGCCACACCCCUACCUGUAAGAGGGGAUCUGACAGGGGUGAAGGUGACCCAGGUGACAACCUAUGGAGACUGCAGCCUGGCCGUGUCUGCAGAGGGACAGCUCUAUGGCUGGGGCAACUCAGAGUACCUCCAGCUGGCGUGUGUAACUGAGGCAACCCAGAUCAGCUCUCCUCGACUCUUGCCUCUCAAAGGGGUGGGCAAGGUGACUCAGGCAGCAUGUGGAGGCACACAAGUGGCCAUACUGAAUGAGCAAGGUGAAGUGUUUGUGUGGGGCUAUGGAAUUCUUGGAAAAGGCCCCAAUCUGUCUGAAUCCCAGACCCCAGAGCUGGUCCCUCCUACACUGUUUGGACGCUCAGAAUUUAACCCCACAGUGACUCUCUCAAGCAUCCGCUGUGGACUGAACCACUUUGCUGCUGUGACAGACCAAGGGGAACUCUUUGUGUGGGGCAAAAAUGUGAGAGGAUGCCUGGGUAUUGGAAAACACGACGACCAGUACUUCCCAUGGCGGGUAACUGUGCCAGGUCAUGUGGUGGAUGUGGUCUGCGGAGUUGACCACAUGGUGGCUCUAGUGAAGUCCCUUGUCUGAACCCCCUGCCCACGCAUGCAUGCACGCAAGCACACACACCAGCAGGGAGGCCCAGAGCUCUGAUCUUCUCUCCAGCCUCUCCCCACAUCGCUAAAAGGAUCCGGACAAGUUCACCUUUCAUCCCAUGGACUGCAUUUUGAGGCUUGGAACCUUCUGUGAAAGCUGUCCUCUAUGGGUGCUUCAUUAAAGUAAUUCAAUCUACUCCCAGUGUGUCUUCCCCAGCUAAACUACCUAUGUCCAGGCCAUGCAGGAUGAGACAAACUGUCUAGAAGUUGUGUUAGCAGGCCACACAGAGCGGUGGAUCCCUCUUCAUCUUGUUUGGGUUACGCUGUCACCCAAACCAGUGUCUGAUGAUGCAAAGCAACACCUGUUCCAAGGAUGACCACAGUCGAAAAUUGGCUUCAUCAUAGUCAUCAGUUCAACAUAAUAUGGACUUUCUUGACUCCAGAUCAAUGUGUGCUGUGCAAGAUUGACUGUAUCCUCGGAUAUCAUGCUCCCGUACCGCUGUUGGGUGGUUCUGUAAAAAGUACUAUUGCUGUCAGUAAUUUUCAAUUGCAUACAUUUCAAAAUGACUAGUUGCCAAGUGCGUUCGCAACAAUUGUUUUUUGGUCAUUAGUUGUCUUAAAGUGUGUAGAAAACAUUCUCCCCACAUGUUCAUGCAAAGUCAUCCAUCACAGUCGCUUGAGUUUACACAGCCUCAUGUUCCCUUACAAAGCCUAAAUCUUGCUCAUAUCUGUAUAAAAUAUGUUCCCCUCUUUGUAGCAGUUACCACCUUGUUACACCCUAAUCAAUAUGGCUGUGUUGUUACUGGCCUGCAAAGGGUGACCAGAGUUCCCCUCACCCAGCACAUUGAUGUUUAAACAGGGAAAAGCUUGUGACGUAUGGCCUCUCUGUGCAAGCGAACAGGACCUGUGCACUCUACAAUGUUUACAUAAGUCAAAUGAUGAAGAUAACUGAUACCACUCCCCUUUUCUUCCUACUGUUCUCAGCUGUUUAUUUGUGACAAUUACAGCUGAAGCGGUGAGUAAGUUGAUACACCAGUUGGUCUUCCUUCCUGUUUGACCAUCAAUCGUCUUUGGCUCACCAUACCCUUGUUCAUCCACAAAAUGGUCAACAACAUUGGAACUGAGAGAACUAUCUACCUUAAAUGGAAAAAUGAUUGUCAGUGUUCAAAUAUAGAAUACAGGCUUUAUUUGCAAUACCAAUGUCAGACCACAUUGUUAUUGCACAGCAAGAAACCCUCU